AUGGAUUCAGAUCAUCGUCUCAAAGCUUACCGCUUCGUCGCCUACUCGGCUGUUACCUUCUCAGUGGUUGCAGUACUUUCGGUCUGCAUCACAUUACCGAUGGUGUACAACUAUGUGAGCCAUGUGAAGCAAUCUGCCAGCGACAUCUGGGGUGAAGUAACUCACAUGAAGAACAUCCCCACAGGAAACAGAACUGCUCGCCAAUCUGGCUACGGCGAGGAAGGGGUACAAGGAAACACCAACACUGGAUCCAAUGGUGGAGGCGGUGGCUGCAGCGGUUGUUGCAAUCCCGGACCACCAGGAGGAGCAGGAACACCAGGACGACCUGGAAAGCCAGGACGACCCGGUGCACCCGGUAUGCCAGGAAACCCCGGUCGAUCAGGAGGAUCUGAUUGCAAUCCCAGAACUCCCCCACCAUGCCAACCAUGUCCAGCUGGACCACCUGGACCAGCUGGACCUCCUGGACCAGCAGGAGAUGCCGGAUCCGACGGUACACCAGGAUACGGUGGAUCCGGAGGAACUCCAGGAGCACCUGGACCAAAAGGACCACCAGGACCCAACGGAAACCCCGGAAUCCCUGGAGCACCUGGAAAUCCUGGACAGCCUGCCACCUCAACUCCACCCACUCCAGGAGCGCCAGGCCCACAAGGACCACCUGGACCAGCAGGACAACCCGGACCUGAUGGGCAACCCGGAAAUGGUGGCGGCCAAGGACCCAAGGGACCACCUGGACCUGCUGGUCAGCCAGGACCUGCCGGAAACCCGGGACAGCCUGGAGGACCAGGAAACUCCGGAGGAGGUGGCGAAAGAGGUAUCUGCCCCAAAUACUGCGCCCUCGAUGGCGGUAUCUUCUUCGAAGAUGGAACUCGCCGUUAA